CGGGUUCCCCACCAUUUCAAGUGACUUUGAAACCUCGGGGGACUGGAGUAAUUUUGGAAUGGUUAUGCCCCUUCAGACACUCCUUGUGGAAGUGGAAUUCUCAGCCGACCCUGAGGUUUGGUAUGCAGGGUGGUGACUUCAUGCUGUCUGCCAACAUUCUCCUGUCUGGCAACAACUACAGGAAAGUAGCAUUGCUGUGCAAGUUUAUGGCGAUGGGGAUGGUCUCAGAGUCAACUUUCUUCAGGAUACAAGAUGCCUACUGCAUCGAGCCAGUGCAAGAGUACCUGGACAAAACCAUGGCAGAAGUCUUGGAAAGUCUUCGACAAAAGGACCGCGUUGUUGUCCUAGGUGAUGGCAGAAUGGACUCCCCUGGUCAUUGUGCACAGUUUUGCACAUACACCACCAUAGAGCAAGACUCCAGAGACAUUUUCCACAUCGUCUCUGUUGAUAAGCGAGAAACCAAUAGGAACUCAGUCAUCAUGGAGAAGGAGUGCUUUAUUUGUACAAUGGAAGCUCUCCUUCCAGAGCUUGCUAUCAAGGAAGUUGUCACUGAUGCCUACCCACAGAUCAGUGCAUUGUUGAAUCCAGAGUGUGGUAAAUACAAAGCAUGGGGGAUCCAACACUCACUGGAUAUAUGGCAUGCAGCUAAAAGUCUAAGCAAGAAGCUUCGACGGGUUGGGACUGUAAAAAAUCAAACAGAUAUUGAAGCCUGGAUCAAGGACAUUGUUAAUCACUUUUGGUACUGCAGUAAGCAUGCUGUAACUGAGGAGCAGUUCAAGAUGAUGUGGGUUGGCGUGCUACACCACGUACGGGACGAACACUCUUGGGCAACUGGGUGCUGUCAGCACGAGCCACUGGAGGAAGGCAGCCAGGAGAAGCCAUGGAUCAAACCAGGUUCUGCUGCUCACAAGGCAUUGGCUGGAGUUGUGCUCGACAAGUGAUGGUUGGUCCUGGUAAAAAAGUUCUUGAACUUCAGGACCACAUCUGAUUUGGAGUCAUUCCAAAAUCACCUCCUCAUGUACUCAUCAAAGCGGCACGCCUACACACCAUUUGUCUACAAGACAAGGACACUACUGGCUGCCAUUGACUACAACAAGCACAAUUGCCGCCUUCCUGCAUGCAACCGGGAUGGUCAAAAAAUCUACAGACGCUCAUACAACAAGAAGUCAAAGAGCUGGAGUGUCUACACCAUGAAGGAAAAGAAGCAGUACAGCUACAUUCCUGACCUUCAGAGGGCAAUUCUGGCAAGGAGGCUGGGAAGUGUCAAAGGCCUUCCCCACAAGCAGACUUUGAGGCCUGCUGACCCAAGGCGCCUUGGUUUGCUCGCACCGGAACAGCCACCACCUACAGCUGAACUUGUAAGCAUACAUGUGUCCCGUGGGGACUUGGGCCACAGAGACACAGAGGACCUAGAAGACUGAGCAGAUGGAUGUUUACGAUCCAAAGUAUUUGAAUUCUGUAAAUAGGAAGUUAGGAGGCACUUUUCUCUUGUGGUGAAACAUGUACAGAUCUUUAUUUGUAAAUAAACUUUGAACACAAUG